AUGCUCGUUUGUAUAUUCUAUUAUAUUAUGCAAACAUUUAAUAAAAUCAAAAGAUGGACAAGCCUCAGACUGAAAAAUAAAAAAGUAAAGGCUGAGAGAUUAGACUUGAUUCAUUUUUAUGACUCUGACGUAGAUGAGCAUUGGUAUGCUGAAGAGGAUUUAAAGCAAUGUCUUCCACAAGACUUUUUUCACAAAACAAAUCACGAUUUAAUGCAGAAAGCCUUUUGGGGUGUUUAUGCAGGAAAUUAUUGUCGUAGAGAAAAUACUUCUUUUGGAGUCCCUAGUAUUGAAUUUCCCUCUACAGAACUGCCAUUUGUGUAUGAAUUUGCUGCUAGAUGUGGUGUUAAAGAACCUAUUAUUAAUAUUUAUCCAGAUUAUUCCUAUCAAGGCUCAAAAGUAAAAGCUGGACAUCAUGGCUAUGUAAAAUGGCAGUUUAGGACAAACAAUGAUUUUUUAAAUGAUUAUAACUUUGCUUACAGCAAUAUUGGAAGAGAUGAAGAGCAAAUGCAUUUAAAUAGUGUUCUUAUAGGAAUGUUUAAUGAUAGAGAGUCUUUUAUGGCCUUCUUUUUAGGGUGGUUUCUAACAGAAGGUGUUAUUUGUUGGGAUCAUGUUGAUAUAGAUGAAAAAAGAAUGAAUAUUCUUGUUUAUCAUGGUGCUGAACUUGCUUCACCUAGAGAUCAACACUUACUAUGCUUGUUUGCAAAUAAAAUGAGGAAUGACCUCGGUAUUCCUGUAGAUCUCUAUAGGGACCAGUUUAGUAAAUCAAAGCAGAUUGUACUAAGGCUUUUAAAUUGUCAAGAAAUGAAUAUGUUCGUGCUUGAAGCUAUUGAGCUAUUCAAGGCUCGAAGCAUACCACUGAAUGGUAAACUCUUAUGGUGGGAAAAGUUAUUAAUGUAUAACCACAAAGGCUACAUUUUUGAUGGAACAGCACCUCCUUUAAGACUUACAUUUUUAGACUAUUUGGGUCCAAAAACAGUGCUACUUGCAGAUCAUUUUACUUUUUUAAUAGGACAAGAUUUUUACCCAUUGAAUUUGUAUCAAUUAAACAAAUUACUUGAAUUCUGUGGCUACUCUAAAGUAAAAUCAACUUAUGAUUUCAAUGUUCGAGAAUUUUCUCAAUGGGUACUUACUCUUUACGAAGAAAAAAAAUUGACAAAACAACAAAGGGUUCUUUUGAAAUACAUCGAUUGUUGUCGAACAAGAUUAUUUAAAGAAUUACGUGUAGCAAACUAUCAAUACCUGCCUCCAAGACCAGAAACAAUUGCUUGUGAUAAUGCUGAUGAACGUGAAAUAAUUUAUUACAAUAAUUCUCUACACGUAGAUUAUUACCAAUGCAGAAGAUGUAAUAUAAGAUAUGAUUCCGAAGAUUUAAUAUGGUCCCAUUUUAUUAAUGAUCAUAAUUAUAAGAAGUAUAUAGAAAUUGAUGACUAA